AGUAUUUCUACUGUUUAGUUUUGAAACCAUAAAAUUGAAAUCUUGAUCUUAUGAUUCAAUAAAUUUUAAGUGAUUUUAAUUUCUGUGAUUUGUGAGUGGAAUUGAUUAAAGUUAUCAGUAAUUGAAGGAUUAUUCAAGAAGGUUGAAACAUUUUUAUUAACAUCUUCUGAGAUAUUAAACAGCUUUGCAGAGUCAAUAAUGUUUGCCAACAUACUUUUGUUAUCAUUACUAACAAUAAUUUAUGGAACAAAAGGAGAAGAAGGUGGUGGUGGAGGAACUGCAAUGGAUAGAAACUUUCUUCACGAUGUUUCGCAGCAGCGUCUAAACGAUGAUUUAAACUUCAUUAAAUCUACGAGAUCAAUAAGAACUCCUUUUAGAAACACAGAAAUUAUGACGGCUCGUGGCUUUGGAAAAAGAAACGGAGAAGAACCAGCACCAGUUUAUAUCGGAAAUAAUAAUGAAAAAAGAACUUUAGACCAGCAAGUCAACGAUGAAUAUCGUGACGACACUGGAAAUAGUAUCUUCAAACCAAAGCACUUGGUGUUUCCAUUCAACAACCCACUCUUGAGAAUUUCGGAAUCGUUGUUAGAUGACUCAUCGGAACAGGAUAAUAGCAGAAUGCCGCCAAUAACACGAAACCAUCAACUGCAGUUAAGAGAUGGAACUUUGAAAUUUCGAUUAAACGAUGGAAAUUUGAGAAUAGGACGCGGUUUUGGAAAGCGAAGCUAUGCAGCUGAUCCCAUAGCUGAAAACUUAAUAAGUUUAGUAAAAUGUGGUGAAAAUUCAGUGUCCAUAAAUUUAAGAAAUGUCAUCAACAAUGUUAAUGAGAAUUUCAUAAGCUACGAUGUUGACUUUUUCGAGCUAUUGGCUUUGCAUCAAAAUCAAAAAUCGUUAAACAGCCUCGGUUUAAUUUCUCCCGCCUACAUCAAACUACAAAAAUUUUCACCAUUUUUGAAUGGAAGGAAUAAUGAGAAAGUUAAUGAAACAACUGUUGCUUCACUGUUUGAAUCAUUAAAAUCACAACAACUCACUCCCAUCAUUGCCAUCGACUACAAUAUUUCAUCGUUUGAUUCCAUGAAUUUACUUCAGGAAAUGAAAACAGCACGCGAGUUGAAGAUUGAAGAAUGUAUUUGGCAACUUGGAAAUAAAAGCUCAAGUUUCGAAAACAAUUUUAAUUUAAAGAAAUAUGCUGACGACUUGAAAACUUUGAGAAUUCUUUGCGAAAGUGCGAAUAGGGAAUACAACUCAAAAUGGAUUGUUGGUGCGGUUGAGCCGUUGAUGAGUAUCCGUGAAAAGCUUCCAUCUGAUAUCAUUGUUAUUGAUUCUCAAAAAAUGUCCACUGCUCAAAUAUUGUCAAAAUCGAAUACUAUUGCAAGAAACAUUUAUUCAUCAACACGCCAUUCACCUUUAUGGGUGACAGUUGAAAAAUCAACCGACGAGACGAUGCCAAAUAUUUCUUCAACGUCAAAGCAUGACUCAUGCGAUCAAGAUUGCGUUUCGAAAGGUCUUUUAUACGCUCAAGUUUUAGGGGAUUCCGCAAAGAACGGUUUCAAUGUUCUUUUCUUUGAUGAACCUGCAAACGUUUCAAUCUUCCCUAAAACUGAGAAAAAUCAAAAUGCAUUGCGACAAGCAAUCACAACCCUUCAUAAAAAGUUGAUUGGAACAAAAGUUUUCAAUACGCGAAUAACUAAAUCACUGCAACAUGGAAAACUUGUGCAUCUUUAUUCAUAUUGUUCAAAAAAGAUAAACGGCGCAAUCACUCUCAUAGGAAUUAAUUUCUCAAACUUGCGAGCUAAAUUUAAUAUUAAAAUGUCUCCUCCAUUGGAUCCUAAUGUCGUUAUAAUGCAAUAUUUGUUGAGUGUUUCCGAUGGAAAUGUAUUAUUAAAUAACCAGAACUUCACAUCAGAAGCAGCUCCAUCAUUUAAGUUUAAAAAACUUUCGAAAUACGCAAUCGACUUGAUUCUUCCGCCUUAUUCAAUCGCAUUUUGGACUAUUCAGAAUGCGAAGGUUAACGAAUGUUUAACUCUAAGCACUGUUAAAACUGAAGGUGAAAUUAAACCUAAAUCAAUGUCAUCAUCAGAUAAAUUGCUGACAAAGUUAGUCGCUAAUGAGUUUGGGGGCAAGGUAAACAACGCUAUCGAGAAAUCAUUUCGAGUUAAACGACAAAUCGGUGGAAAUGGACCAUUUCUUCCUGGUGGCUUUGAAUUCGAACUCCCAACAUUGAAAAUUCCUAAUCUUCUGCCAUCAGCCUCAAAUGUUUCACCCUUCAAAGAUGUUUUAUUCAACAAAAACAGCGACAUUUAUAAGCAAUCGACGUCUGAAUCAAAUCCAUUGCCGCCAAGUUCUAAUCCAACUCUUCCGACUGGUGAUGUUUUUCUUUUAAUUGAUGAUGGUAGUGCUGUUGCCAACAAUUUUGAUUAUGUACAAGUUGAUUCUGAACCCAGAAAACUUAAAACUAAUCGAAGGAAGACACCAGCAAAUAAACUAAUUUUCAGAGAAUCUACUGAAGCACCAGAAUAUUAUGCACCAUACGAUUAUGUUGAUGCAACGUCAUACAAAUCUCCAAAGAAAUCAUCAAAGAAAUCAACAUCAAAAGCUCAGCAACAAUCAAAAGAAUUUGGCGAACUUUUUGAACUCGAAAGGUUCCCAAUGAAUGAUCAAUUUAGAAGUGCAAGUGAACAAUAUGAAUUGCAUACAAUUGUUAAAGAUCUCGAACCAACAUAUCGACAAAGUAAAAUGGCUAUGACGAAUGCUAAACGAAAAUGGGAUCGAGAUCAAAUAAUGGAGUUUUUAAAAGAUGCAGAUGUUGAGGAAGUUAACAGAAGUCACAUGCAAGACAUAGAUGACUUUGAGGUCAUUGAUUUAACAGAUAAUAAUGAGUCACCAAAUUACGAAGAGUAUGCGGAUGAUGAUGAUGACGGGUUUUUCAGCGACGAUAAUUCGCAUCGUGUAAGAACAAGACGAAAUGUUGAUUACACAAAAAACGAAAUUCCCAAGCACGGUUUUCAUUUUGUUGACGAUGACGAAGAAGAUGAAGUUUCUGUUGAAAGCAUGAUUGACGAUGUUCACAUAUUUUUGCCACCAAGAGUUGGUUUUUCAAGUGAUUCUGUAAGAAAUAAACCCAACACAGAAACAACCACAACUCAUCCAACAACAGAUUUGACUAUUAAAGCGGUUGAUUUCUUCUCAAAAUCUUUGACCGACGUUUUUAAUGUCGUUCAUAAAACCUUUGUUGGAUGGUGGAAUGUUUUCACUCCUGAACCUUCUUCUGAUUAUCAAUAAUCUAAGUUUUCUCAUUUUUUGUAUGAAUUUUUUAAUUGCACAGAUAAAGAAUUAUUUUCAGUAAAUUUAAA